CGAAUCAUGAAGAACACGAUGAUUCUAAGCACACGUCUAGUAUGAUUAAACAGUCAAGGGACAUACCGGCAAAACUCACCGUGGCUCAGCAAUAAUUAUUUUGAUAGGAAUGGAUAACAAUCCGAUGUCUGUUCUACUUAUUGCAUCUCUUACUGCAAACGCUUGCGUGUUAGCUCACUUGAGCUGCUCUGGCGUCUGUAGCGGCGUUACAAAAAAUGGACAGAGAGCUAUGAGAAAUGGGAAGUUACAAGAAAAUGCUCCUGGUUUCUUCGGCAGAAUAUGCACCAGUGCCCCAUUCCUCCUCAUCUUCCCCACCACAGGACUCUUCCUUCUCGCCACUUCCGGUGCCGCGCAGAACCCAUUUUUCGCCUUCACUUCCGCCACACGCACCGUCUUCUCAAUAGUCAUCGGUCACUUCCUGUACAAGAUUGUCGAAGUCGUGUACUGGCGCCGUGAGAUGCAAUACAAGCCUAUCCUAAUCCACCACGUGGUCACCGUCGCUCUGUACUUGGUGAUCAUCGCCUACAAACAAGACGCAGUUCUAGGAAUCGCUGGACUCUUCCUCGUAAAAAGCCACGUGCUUUUCGCGGAAUUCGACCAUCGUAAAAUCUCCCUGUUUGAAGAAUGGCGUCAUUGUAAACUGUUUAAAACCGCGGCUGUUUUUGCUUUCUUCGGAAGCGUGGUACUCAAUGGAAUCGUUCCAGUCUCUCUCCUUUGCGCGGCUGUGGUGACGUCAUCGUACAAGCUGCUCCAGAUGGAUUACGUCCCAUUGGCGUUUUUCUUUCUGAGCCUUGUGUUCUACUCAGCGGUUGCUGCGUGGUUUUUCACCGAAGCGUUCAAGGCUUUCUGUAAAGCGCUCCGCACAACCAAGAUUAUCUCCUUAAAGAAAGAUCUCAAAUCACGAUCGCUCACCACUAUUGUUAACCACAACGGACUCGAGAAAUUGUACGAGACCGCGAAUGGGUCAGCGUCGAUCAGCAUAAGGUGCAAUGACUUAUGGGAUAGGGACCUGAGCCAGUUGUGCUCAGGCCCACUCUACGAGAAGAUCAAGAAUGUGGACUUGGUCGAGGUGCAGUUUGAGACGCCGAUUGUGUUGAAAUCCGCGAACUUACAAGUGAUGGAUUACUAGGAAGUGACAUAGACAAGAGGUUACGCAAAACAUACUUGAACACUGCGUCGGCGCAAAGUACUAAAAGGGCGUUAGUGGCGACACUGAAUUGCGAAAGGGCGCGAUGCGCGUGGAGGACAGGGUUAGAGAAGUCCCGGGAAAGGAGGAAAGAAGUGGAGAUUCUCUCCUAACAGCAAACGCAAGAUAUUUAAUGUUAGUCUACUUUUAAAGAAUAUAUUAUAUUGUUUGAAUAUAGAACACAUUCACCCCACAUCCAACGGGUUUAACUAUUAUAGUAAAGAAGUAAAUAAAAAACAUAUUUAAUUA